CAGAUAGUCUCUGCUAAGUGGCGCCCCGAAAUGAACUAUCUCAUUCCUUCUCAUUCCUGUAGAUAUAUUAUUCGGCUCUUAUAUAGUGCUGUAGGCCUUUGGUUUAAUAGUUCAUAGGGCAAGGGUCGACGUCCAGUGGCCGCGCUGAGCUCAAUUGUUAUGGCGGCUCAGUUUCGGCAUGUCCUUGUGAUUUGUCGUCUGCUGUCUUCGUCCUGCGGCGCGGUCAGUAAGAAUGAUCUGUCACCCUUUGGAUGAGGUGAACUGUAUGUAUUUCGAAAUAAAUUGACUGGUAAUAAAAAUCUGUUUCUUUUAAAUUAUUUUGUUAUUCGAUAUAUAUGUUUCUACUUUCUUAUAAUGUAUACAAGUUUCGUAGGUUAUGUCUUCAGUAAACAAGUUACUUAUCAGUUCUGGGACUUAUUAUUGGUUCAUGUGAUAAUUGUGAUAAAACCAGAUAGCAAGUUUAAAUCAUUCAUAUAAAACGAGUAAUUCGGGUUUCUUCAUCAGAAGAAACAGUUCCAUUGUAAAAGUUAGUGACAUAACCAUUUGAAUAUAUCAAAUUUGAGAUUUCAGAGUAGUGUUACAAUUCACUAUUAAAUAUGGUUCCAAAAGUCGUUAUUGUUGGCUCGUGUAUGAUUGAUUUUACUUGCUUUUCUCCUCGUUUACCAAAACCCGGUGAAACCCUUAUUGGUAGCAAGUAUGAAAUAAAGUAUGGUGGUAAAGGUGCUAAUCAAUGCGUGACUGCUGCAAAGCUUGGUGCAUCCACCGCAAUUGUUGCAUGUUUAGGCUCGGACACGUACGCACAGGAAUACUUAAAAAUAUUUAAACAAGAGAAUGUGAAUGUUUCCCACAUUCACAUACAGGAGAAUCAGCACAGUGGGAUAGCGCAUAUCACCGUUGCCGAUAACGGCGAGAACAGCAUAGUGGUCGUGUUAGGAUCAAACGCGUCGUUGACCUCGAAAUAUGUGGACGCCGCUGCGGAGGCAAUCAGAGAUGCUGCAGUUUUAUUGUGCCAACUCGAGACGCCCCUGGAAACCACGCGGCACGCUUUAAAGCUCCAUAAAGGCCACGGUCUGUCGAUCAUCAAUGGAGCGCCUGCGAUGGAACACGUUGAUCCAGAGAUUCUGUCGCUCUGCGACAUAUUCUGCGUUAAUGAGACAGAGGCAGAAGUUAUGACUGGAGUGCAGCCCCUGGGAUUGUCAAGUGUACAGGAAGCUAUUGACAAACUUCUGGACUACGGCUGCAAUACAGUUAUCCUGACUUUGGGAGAAAUGGGAGCAGCGUUCGCGUCCAAGGAAAAUAGAACUGCUACCAUGGUUCCUACGACGCCUGUCCAACCCGUGGAUACUACUGGUGCUGGAGACGCGUUUCUGGGCGCACUCGCAUAUUUUAAAGCAUAUCAUCCUGCGCUUCCAAUGGACGAGUGCAUUAGAAGAGCUUGCGUGGUUGCCACGGAAUCUGUCCUGAAAGUCGGCACGCACGCGAGCUUCCCUACCAGGAGCAGCCUGUCACCCGAUUUGUUUCUGUGAUCCAAUAAAAACUGUUCUAUUG